CAUAUGUUACAAAUGCUUUAUUUGAUAGCAGUUAUCAAUGGUCUAACCUGACGUAACAUAACCUAUUUUUUGUCUACGUUGAAAGGGUUAUAUUGUGUGUCAAACUAGAAAUAGUUCUUGACAAGAAUUUUUUGAAGAAAUAGUUUUUAAAUUGUUUCGAAAUCUAUAAUUCUAGGUUUUGAAUUAACAAUUAUAAAAAUUCAGCUUUGCUCUGUCCUAAAAUCCGAAUGUGUCAUUACAGUGUGUUGGCAAAAUUUGGAUAACAACUGUCUGCAUAAAUCUUGUCAUUUGAACCGUGUAAAAGUUAAAUAGUAAUAACAAAAUGGUUCUCGCGGAUUUAGGUCGUAAAAUUACAUCUGCGUUACGAUCUUUAAGUAAUGCAACUGUUAUCAAUGAAGAGGUUCUUAAUUCUAUGUUAAAAGAAAUAUGUGCUGCAUUAUUGGAAGCAGAUGUUAACAUAAAGCUUGUAAAAAAAUUAAGAGAAAAUGUCCGCUUUGUUAUUGAUUUUGAUGAUAUGGCAGGUGGUCUCAAUAAAAGGAGGAUGAUACAGAGUGCCGUCUUUAAAGAACUUGUAAAGUUGAUUGAUCCUGGAGUAAAAGCUUAUCAGCCUGUAAAGGGACGACCAAAUAUUAUUAUGUUCGUUGGUUUACAAGGGUCAGGAAAGACUACUACUUGCACAAAACUUGCAUACCACUAUCUGAAAAAAAAUUGGAAAGCAUGUUUAGUUUGUGCUGACACAUUCCGUGCUGGUGCUUACGAUCAAAUAAAACAAAAUGCAACAAAAGCUAGAAUUCCAUUUUAUGGAAGUUACACAGAAGUAGAUCCAGUAGCAAUAGCACAGGAGGGUGUGGACAUGUUUAAAAAGGAGGGUUACGAAAUCAUCAUUGUUGAUACAAGUGGUAGACAUAAGCAAGAAGAGUCCCUGUUCGAGGAAAUGCUUCAAGUUGCUAAUGCAAUUCAACCGGACAAUAUAAUCUUCGUGAUGGAUGCGACAAUAGGUCAAGCUUGUGAAGCUCAAGCAAAAGCAUUUAAAGAACGUGUAAAUGUCGGUUCUAUUAUCAUUACAAAACUUGAUGGUCAUGCAAAAGGUGGUGGAGCACUUUCAGCAGUUGCUGCAACACAAAGUCCAGUGAUUUUUGUGGGUACAGGAGAACACAUAGACGACUUAGAACCCUUCAAAACAAAACCUUUUAUUAGUAAACUGUUGGGUAUGGGUGACAUAGAAGGUCUUAUAGACAAAGUAAAUGAAUUAAAUCUUGAUGAUAAUGAAGAAUUACUUGAAAAAAUUAAACAUGGCCAGUUUACUUUGAGGGACAUGUAUGAACAGUUUCAAAAUAUUAUGAAAAUGGGUCCAGUUUCUCAAUUAAUGGGGAUGAUUCCUGGCUUAAGUCAAGACUUUAUGUCUAAAGGUACAGAACAGGAGUCUAUGGCAAGAUUAAAACGAUUAAUGACAAUUAUGGACAGUAUGAAUGAUUCUGAAUUAGACAAUAGAGAUGGCGCAAAAUUGUUUAGUAAACAGCCAGGCAGAAUAGUCAGAGUAGCCCAAGGUUCUGGAGUAACAGAAAAGGAAGUCAAAGAUUUAAUUACACAGUACACGAAGUUUGCAGCUAUUGUAAAGAAAAUGGGCGGCAUUAAAGGAUUAUUUAAAGCAGGAGAUAUGACGAAAAAUGUAAAUUCCACACAAAUGGCGAAAUUAAAUCAUCAAAUGGCUAAAAUGAUGGACCCCCGAGUUUUGCAUCAAAUGGGUGGCAUGCCAGGUUUGCAAAACAUUAUGAAACAGCUUCAACAGGGCGCAGCAGGAGGACUUGGUAACUUAAUGGGUGGUUUUGGUGGUAAAUCGUGAAGAAAACACAUCAGACAGACACAUUUUCAGUUUCUGAUGUAAAUCUUUAUUAUAUAACAUCGGUCAGAAGUGAAGGAGAACAAGGGAUUCGAAGCAUUGACUUCCGCUAAGAAUGAUCUCUUGAAGGAAAUGAUGCAAAUUUAGGAAAAAUUUUAUGUUUAGGAAUUUUUCUCUACGCGAAAGAAAAAAAAAUAAAAAAUGGUUUUCUGUAUCAUAUAUACGCCUUUCAUAGUUUUUCGACAUUACCUUUGUAAAUUUAUCUCUUUUUUUGCUCUACAUCUUCCUUUUGUAUAUGUGACGCUUUAAUAGUAUUUUAUCAUCCAUAUAUUUCUAUUAGUUGUCAAAGAGUUGAAAAUAUGUAUAUAUAUAUAUACCAAUAAACGAAGCUUAUUU